AUGUGUUGGCUUCAAUCGUCGGUAAAUAAAUGGAUAAAUGAUACCAAUUACAAGGGUGGAUCAUGUGUCCAACCUACAAUAUUGAAAUGUCAAGAAAAAUUAUCAGGUUAUACUUAUGGAGGUAAUUAUGGUCAACCGGAAAUGGUUGAUACAUUUGAUGGUUGUAUUGGUCUGAGAGCACAAGAAUGUGAAAAGAAGAGUGGCUAUCCACAGGGAAACAACUAUGUUAAAAAAUUGGAUAUUAAAACACUUGAAGCUUGCAAGACAACAUGUGAUCAGAUUUUAACAUGUUGGGGAUGGGGAUUUGAGAUAGCCAGCAGCAUAUGUUAUCAUUACUCUGCUGUAGAGGGUUUUGCAUCUUCAGACGGAUACUUCGGUGGAUCUUGUUAUGUAUCGAAUCCACCAUAUCCAGAUAGAUUAUCUCUGAGAACAUUCAGACAACAAGCACUUGAUAAGCAUAAUGAAUAUCGUAAAAUACAUUGUUCAGAAGCGUUAAAAUUAAAUAAUGACCUAAAUGACAUUUCUCAAGAUUAUGCAGAGAAAAUUGCUGGAUUUGGUAAAAAACCACCCAAUUAUAGUGGCAUUAGAAUGGAAAAUUUGUAUUAUCAAAUUGGAGAUUAUAAGCUUUCUGGUAGGCAGCAACGGAAAUUUUUUACUAAAAGAAAUAUGUUUUCAUUAAAAGGUUCAUAUCCAGUUACUAUAUGGUAUAGCGAAAAAGAUAAAUAUAAUUGGUUGUAUCCUGAUUUUUCGAAAACAAGUCAUUUUGCAAAAAUAAUUUGGAAAGGUACAAAAGAGUUGGGUAUUGGUAGAGCGUUUUCCAGUGAUAAUGGUGAGAUUAGUAGUAUUAUUCAAUUAUAUCAAUAUGACAUGGGUAGUUAA